AUGACACCAGCCUGGCAUGGCUAUGAGAUCAAUGAACGUGGACAACAGGUUUGGGUGGUAAAGGGCUUCCAGGAUGGCGGCAGUGAAGACUUUGUGCUUUGGUAUAUUGAAACAGUUGCCGGUCAACAACUGAGUCACCUGGCAUCAGGCGAAGCCGCUGCCAAGACGACUGUCCUUCGGGCUCGUGCUCAGCGCACUGAGACUACUAGCGACUGUUGCAUUUUAGUGGUUGUAAAACAGGUUAUUUCCAGUGUAACUGCUUCGUACGGUAUGCUUUCAACUGUGUCCGCCCCCUUGUGCGGGCCGGAGCUAAAACACCUCGCCAGUCAGUUGACUCAUGCUGUGGUUUUUAUGUGUCCCUCCUCGCUCCGUGGCUCGCCAUCCCCUUGCGCUGCUCACUACUGCCUUGAAACCAGAAACAUCAGCUACGUUAUCUGA